CGCGCGCCAAAUGAGCAACAUGAAGACCGGCGCAUCAUUACCUGCCCUUGCAAGGACGACGAAUUCUCCACCAGCGGGAGUGGCAGCGCACGGCAGAGCUAUCGAUGACGACGACGAUUUCACCAUUGCCGUGACAAACCAGACUCGCCAUGAUCGAUCGAAAUGGACUCAGCUGUACAAGAAAAGCAUCAACGACACAUUUGUGCAUGAGAAUAUCGGGCCAUUACUGCAGAGGUUCGAAACGAUCGAUCCAUUUCGUCGAUCGAGGAAGCGCUUCACCGUCGGCGAGAAUCUCCUACCGAAGUUGCAAAAGGAGAAUCGGUUGCGUCGCGAUGCCGUGCUCGCCUUGUCUCGGCCCCGCACUCACGGGCUGGAAUUGUCCUUCAUUAAAGAAGAAGGCGUCAGCGCAACCAAACUUGCCAUUGCAAGGAUUCCAUUUGACAGAGACAAGUGGUCGCACAACGCCAGAUGCGAAUACUGCUGCAAAGAUGGCGGGGACUUGGCUUGCUCGUUAUGCAAUGUGCUUGCCCACACGACUUGUUACCUCACUGCGUGGAAAGAGAUCAAGCAGCGGUAUCCCACGAGUUUCAAUAACGACUCCAAGUGGAUAUGCAUCGCGUGCGAAGAGGACCUUCAAAUGGAGUAUGACCAAGCCAUCGCAGCCAAGCGGCACAGCGCCCUCAAGAGGAAAGAAACGUCCUGUGCCCUACUCAUCUCAGGAUACACCCGCAUGGUGAAGGAAGCGAGACUGUUUACUCGAAAGCGCGAAUGCGCCAUUCGCAUCCAAGCUCGCAUUCGAGGGAAACUCGCCCGCAAUGCAUUUAACGAGAUGCAGCGACUGCGAAUUCGGCCGUACGUUGUGGAGCUGGUGCGGUUGCACGGGCUGGGCGGCAGCUGUGACGGCGACGCCACCGGGAGCGUGUGCCAGGACGAUGAUGGCGAAACACGUCUGCAGAACGGGUUUUUGUGCAACCCGUAUAUCGUGUUUCACAUUGUCGAAGACCAUGACGACGAAGCGCAGCGGUUUUGCUUUGAAAGCGAGAUUCAGCGCGGAUCGGACGAUGUCACGUGGAACGAAGAGAUUUUUGUGCCUGGCGUGAAUGGCAACGUCACCAUGUGCUUCACCGUGCUGAGCAAGAACGGCCCGAACAACUUUUUCUUGGGCCAAGGAGCGGUGCGACUGAACGGCACGGAAAUUUGGCGCUACGGGGCCAACUUGGAGCUAAAGCUCAAAUCCGAACUGGAGGUCGCGCAUGUCCACGGCGUUGUGUUGACCCUGUUGGGCGUAGAUAAUUCCGCGCAUUGGACACCACCAGCUCAUGCGCAUCCAAGACAUCGGGUCGGUCGACAAAGAGCUCACGUUAUCGAUUCGAAUUCGCCACUUUAGCGAGAUCGGGUCGUACUGCGGAUACAUGCAAUCGAUCAACACGGUCGACAGUGUGAAAGGCAACAGUCGGUGGUGCGUCUUGGCCGACGGCACGUUCCGCAUCUACCGCCACUAUGGGCUGACUUUGGCAUUUGAAACCCUCAAGAUGAUGCACGCGAGCGAAGUUCAGCUCUUGCAAGGCUACAACCAUCAUCACAAGACUCUGACGAAGAAGCCCACGAUCGUUUUCAUUCAACACGAGCAGCGCACGUAUCUCUUGACGGCCGAAUGCAACAAAACGAACACCGUGUGGGUCAAGAAGCUCCAGAUGGCGAUGAAGCACAAGUACUAGGUGGAAGGUUGGGCGUUGGCUAGCUGUACUCCACGGCCAUCUACAAAAUCCAGUGGACAUGCAGCACCACCCAUUUCAACCGUUGCGAGAUACCAUUUUUUGGUGCAGUGCCGACUGGCGGCAUGCCUCCGCGACGAUCGUAGCAUUUCGAGCGGCCUUCCACGUGACUUUUGGGACCUCGUUCGCGAGUACAACCUGAGCAAAAUGACUGAUCUCGAUCUCGUAUGCGUCGCGGAAGCGCUGGGGAAACGAGUGCAAGAAGGGAUCUUCGUGGACUCCCGCUGCCGAGGAAUGGCGCAGCGCAGUCUUGUGCAAGUUCUGUACCUCGAGCAUGCCUUGUCGCCCAAACACUUCGAUGCGCUGGUCGUAGCCGUAGCUGGCGUGGCGCGCCAGAUCCAUGGUGCAGACGACGCCCGAUGGAAACUGCAGCCACACCGAUGCUUUAUCCAUGACCUAAACACGUAAGAGACCA